UCUUCCUUUGCAAAGUGUUGAUGUUUGGAUAGAGGAGGAAAAGAAGACUUGACGUUUCGAUUAAGCUAAACUGCCUCUGUGUUAUUGUUUCCGUUUCGCCCCUCAAUUCACGAGUUAAAGAAAUCUGAAUCAGUCAAUGGGAAAAAUCUAACAAUGUUUAGCUUUGAGGGAGAGUUCAAGACAAGACCCAAGGUGUCUCUUGGAGGAGCAAGUAAAAAGGAGGAGAAAGCAUCUCUGCUUCACCGCACUCAAGAAGAAAGAAGAAAAAGAGAGGAUGAAAGAAGACGUCUGAAGAAUGCCAUCAUCAUUCAGUCCUACAUACGCGGCUACCAGGACUUGAAGCGACAGUAUGCUACCCAGAGGGCCAGGUUUGAUGAAUGUGUGAGUCAGACACAUACAGGUGGAGCUCAGCUUGUCUUGGAUGGUCCCGUUCUCUGCCUCCUAUCAAGACAACUCAUAUUUUUUUACAGACAGAGUGUGGAUGCACAUAGAUUGAUAUGGUUGUGUCAGAAUCUGGUGAAACACAACAAUCAAUUUGUGAAGUUGUUGGUGGGCCCACAGAAGCAGACAUGUAUGUUUCAGAUCAAGAGGAUCUUAGGCUUCUGCUGCAGACUGCUUCAGAACUGCAAGGAUGAAAGUUUAAAUGUGUCGGUUCCCAUGCGGAUGCUAGAAAUCUUUUCUUCAGAGAGAACCUAUCUUCCUGUUAUUCCAGAUCCUAAUUAUGUAGCUUCAUUACUCGAGCAGAUUUUGCACUAUAUGGUACAGAAAGGAUACUACAGGUCGCUGUACAUUCUGGUGAAUCACAGACUUCCGGCCAGUCUAGAGUACAGCGACUCUCCCUCUGUCCCUCUGGCAAGCACAUUGUUGGAGCACAUCCUCAAACCACUGCACUUUACCUACUCCUCCUGCACAACAGGCGCAAGGCAGUUUGUAUUUGCAGCCUUUACUGAGGGGUUCAUUGCGGCGCCAUUUACCGAGCAGAUCUUUCACUUCUUUAUUCCGGCGCUGUCCGACCUCCGUCUCUCAUUCCCGUUCGAGGCCUUCCUCAGCUCCCUUCAGGCCACCAUUGGCUCCUCCUCAGCAGCACAGAGCCAGGCACCAUGGCUGUUUUACUUUGUCCUCUCUGCUGGAGAGAACUGCUUAGGCUCACUAUCAGAGGAGGGUCUCCUGCUGUACCUCCGGGCACUGCAGACACUGCUGCCACUCCUGCCAGUGUCAGAGAGCGGCAGCCGGCCCGAGGUGAACAGCGACUCUGAGGACGAGGAUGAUGCUGGCAUCCAUCCACCACCCAUGCAGGAUGACACCCGGAUAUCUGUGCAGCUGAUCACGGAGGAGUGUGUCCACAAGCUGGACACCAAGCACCAGACGAACGCCCUGCUGAACCUGGUGUGGCGAGAUUCAGCCAGCGAGGAGGUUUUCACAAUGAUGGCAUCCAUCUGUCACACACUCAUGGUGCAGCAUCGCCUCAUGGUGCCGAAAGUCAGACUUCUGUACAGUUUAGCUUUCAAUGCACGUUUCCUGAGGCAUCUCUGGCACCUCAUCACUUCCAUGACAACUAAAAUGAUCACUGGCUCCAUGGUGCCGCUGCUGCAGCUGAUUUCCCGAGGUUCUCCCAUGUUAUUCGAGGACUCGAACCGCAUCAUUCCCCUUUUCUAUCUCUUCAGCUCGCUCUUCAGCCACUCACUUAUCUCCGUGCAUGACAGCGAGUUUUUUGGACAUGAAUUGGAAGGUCAGACACAGUCCUCCAUGAUGCCCUUCACACUGUUAGAGCUGGUCACGUUGUCCCGCUGCCUGAGAGAUGCCUGUCUGGGAAUCAUCAAGCUGGCCUAUCCUGAGACCAAAACUGAGCACAGAGAGGAGUACAUGGCUGCCUUCCGCAGCGUGGGGGUCAAGACAAACACUGAGGUGCAGCAGCGAAUCCAGGCCGAGCAGAAACGCUGGGUGCAGCUCUUCAAGGUCAUCACUAACUUGGUGAAGAUGGUGAAAGCUCGCGACAUUAGACGACCUUUCUGUCCGGCAGGCCACUGGCUCUCUGCUGAGGUCAACAUCCGUGCUGAUAAGGUCACACAACUGUAUGUUCCCUCUGCAAGACAUGUUUGGAGAACGAGAAGGAUGGGUCGGAUCGGGCCACUUCAGUCAACACUCGAUGUCGGCUUAGAGCCUGCACAGCUGUCCGUGUCCGAGGAGAGACACCUCGCCAUCCUCACAGAACUCCCGUUCGUGGUCCCCUUUGAGGAGCGAGUCAAGAUCUUCCAGAAGUUAAUCUAUGCUGACAAACGGGACGUGCAGGGCGACGGGCCGUUCCCCGAUGGCAUCAAUGUCACCAUCAGACGCAACUACAUCUAUGAAGACGCUUACGAUAAACUCUCUCCUGAAAAUGAACCGGACCUGAAGAAAAGGAUUAGGGUCCAUCUGCUCAAUGCUCACGGUUUAGACGAGGCAGGCAUCGAUGGCGGAGGCAUCUUUCGGGAGUUCCUCAACGAGCUCCUCAAGUCGGGCUUCAAUCCAAAUCAGGGAUUCUUCAAGACGACCAACGAGGGCCUCCUGUACCCCAACCCCGCUGCAGAAAUGCUGGUCGGAGACUCCUUCACACGACACUACUACUUCCUAGGCAGGAUCCUUGGGAAGGCGCUGUAUGAGAACAUGUUGGUGGAGUUGCCCUUUGCCAGCUUCUUUCUGUCUAAGCUUCUGGGAACCAGUGCAGAUGUGGACAUACACCACUUGGCCUCCCUGGACCCAGAGAUGUACCGCAACCUUCUCUUCCUCAAAAGCUACGAGGGUGACGUGGAGGAGCUUGGCCUCAACUUCACCGUGGUCAACAAUGAUCUUGGAGAGGCUCAGGUGGUGGAACUGAAGCUCGGAGGCAAAGACAUUCCUGUGACCACUGCAAACCGAAUAGCCUACAUCCACCUGGUGGCCGACUACAGACUGAACAAGCAGAUCAGACCUCACUGCCUGGCGUUCAGACAGGGUCUGGCCAAUGUGGUCAACCUGGAGUGGCUGCGCAUGUUUGACCAGCAGGAGAUCCAGGUGCUGAUAUCCGGUGCUCACGUGCCAAUUAGCCUCGAUGACCUGAAAAGGUUCACAAACUACUCAGGCGGGUACUCGGCCACUCAUCCCGUCAUCCAGACCUUCUGGGAGGUGGUCGAUAGCUUCACAGACGACGAAAAGCGCAAGCUGCUGAAGUUUGUCACCAGCUGCUCCAGACCCCCACUGCUGGGCUUCAAGGAACUUUACCCGGCCUUCUGCAUCCACAACGGCGGCGCCGACCUGGAGCGUCUGCCCACCGCCAGCACCUGCAUGAACCUGCUCAAGCUCCCAGAGUUCUGCGACGAGCAGCUCAUGAGGAACAAGCUGCUGUACGCCAUCGAGUCCUCUGCCGGGUUUGAGCUGAGCUGAGGAGGACGGAGUCUUCCUUCCCUCCCCUGCAUCAAUGGACUCAAAAAAAAGAAAAAAAAGUUGUGGGACUGAAAGACAAAAGAAGGAAAGUAAAUGAUGCACUGACCUGCCUGAUUUACUGUGUGUCUGUGUCUGUGUGUGUGUGUGCGAGAGAGAGAGAGAGCGAAUGAUCGCUGAGAGACUGAAAAGAAAGGGGGUGCAAGGAUGAGGAAGCCUUUUUUUAAAAUUAAAAAAAAAAAAAAAUCCUUCUUGCUUUUAAGUAAUUUAAAUGUUUAAUCGUGUGUGAGAACACUUCGCGUGAAGUGAUCCGGCUCAACUCUACGGAAAUAUUACAGCGCUGAAAUAAAAUUGACAGUAGCAGCUGCUCUCUCAUGUUUAAUCUCCAACAUUGAACGGACAGUUAUUUUUCACCAAAGAUUUGAGUGGCGUCAUAUUUUCAAAAAAAGGCAAUAGAACAACAGAAGGAGAAACAGGCUGCGGGACUCAUGUGGGUGAGACCAAAGGGCUGCGGAAGAGCUUUUGUGUGUAGCCAACCUGUGUUUUCCCACAUAGACGUUUUUGUGAUAUCUCACUUUUAAUGGCAUCAACUGUCAUGUCUGACGAGCAACACCGUCAGUGUGCACAUGCCAAUAGAGUGCAAAUGGCUUAUUUUACUGCUAAGUAUUAUAUGUCUAGGAUUUGUGAAUAUGUACAUGUUUACAACUACUCUUGUAUUUUUCAUUUAUUCUGUAUUUGUACAGGUUUUCUUUUUCUUUCCUGUGUGUGUGUGUGUGUGUGAGUGUGAGUGGAGGCCUCAUGUUUUCUCACACGCUUGCUAAAGUGAACAAUCCUCCCUUGGUCAGUGCCUGAGAGUUUGUUUUAGGGGGGAAACGACAGAGAGAGUCGGCUUACAAAUGAUUGGUGUAUCAAAAAGGGUGAAGAAAAAAAAGGGUGUAUGAAAUUGAAUAAACCCGCGUUUCUUUUUGCA